AGUGCGGGCAGUCAGCAGACAGCAGCGGUCGGGGGCGCAGAGUGCGAGGCAGCAAGUGGCUUUUCCGAGCUCACCCUGGAUUCCCGGAGCUCGUCACCAUGCUUGGCCGGCUAUAGGAGCUCCAUGGAGCUAGCCAACUUCUACGAGGUCGAAUCCCGGCCAUCCAUGAGUGCCCAGCAGCACCCUCAUCACGGUGCAUACCCCUACAGGGAGCCCCAAGCCACCGGAGACCUCAACGAGCUGUGUGAAAACGAGAACUCCAUAGACAUCAGCGCCUACAUUGACCCUGCAGCCUUCAACGACGAGUUCUUGGCCGACCUCUUCCAUAGCAGCAAGCAGGACAGAGGCAAGGGGGUGACUGACUAUCAGCAGGGACUUGGAGCUGGACACCCCCAAAUGUAUGGCUGCAUGGCCAACUAUAUGGACAGCAAGCUGGACAGUGCUGGCUUAAGACCUCUGGUCAUCAAACAGGAGCCAAGGGAAGAGGAGGAGGCCAACAGGGCGUCCUUGGCAGCCCUCUACCCUCACCAUGUCCCUCAACACCCAUCCCACCUGCAAUACCAGGUAGCCCACUGUGCACAGACCACCAUGCACCUGCAACCUGGUCACCCAACUCCACCACCGACCCCGGUGCCCAGUCCUCACCACCUCCCCCAUCAUCACCACCAUCACCUGCAAGCUUCUUCAUCCAAGGCAAUGUCUUCAGCCUCUUCCACUUCUUCAUCUUGUUCAGAGACCAGAGGCAAGUCCAAGAAGUGGGUGGACAAGAACAGUAAUGAGUACAGGGUGAGGAGGGAGAGGAACAACAUUGCAGUGAGGAAGAGCAGGGACAAAGCGAAGAUGCGCAACGUCGAGACCCAGCAUAAGGUCCUGGAGUUGUCCACUGAGAAUGACAAGUUGAGGAAGAGGGUGGAACAGCUAAGCAGAGAGCUGGAGACCCUCAGGGGCAUCUUCAGGCAACUUCCAGAGAGCUCUCUGGCCAAAGUCAUGGGCAACUGUGCAUAGUGUCCUAUUGCAAAAAAAAAAAAAAGACCAGUGCCUUCCCCCAAAAAACUGUCAUUCAAACUUCUUCCAUCCAGAAUGGACCUUAACCAAGAGUGACAGAGACACUUCUUUGAACUUGGAUACCAUCCUUGACCCCGUCUCCAAUUUUUAUACCUGACAAACUUGGAUUCCAACCUCUCAGACCAAAACUGUACACUUAUAGGAUGUGAUGUGGUGCUAGCACAAUCUAGAGCCCUAAAACUUCCCAUUUCCACUGUAAUUUCUUCUUCUUUUUUUUUGUACAACUUUGAGCUAAUCUGAAUAAUGUGGCCAAAUGUUUAUAUUCUGGGGUAACUUUGUUGUUCUAUCUUGUAUGGCAGUGUGAAUGGAAGCCUUUGGGUUCACCGAUGCCAACGUGGCCUGGCCCAUACUGGGUUUGAAUGUAUGAACAGGGUAUAUACGGUGUGCACCUUAUACCUUUAAUUGUGCCUUAACCAAUGUUGCUGUAGGAAUCUCAGCUCUAGCCCUGCUGCCUUAAGAGUCCUCCGGCUGUAUGUUCUUCAGGUACCAUUUCAUAGCAGACACCUCAGACCUAUGCAAUAUAUUCAGUUUCUGAGUGUGCCCGUCAAAAGGGACUGUUGCAGAGACUUGCGAUAUUGAACCUAUGUGCCAUAGAAAAAAAAACAAAAAAAAAACGCACAAUGACUAUAGGAGGGUCCCUCAGUGUGGUCAAUGCAGGAUAAUAAGGGAAAUGCUAUGCAAAAAGCCACACAUUCCUUUGGAUAUAUAAUAUUUACUGUACUAAUUUUUUUAUUUUUCUUGUAAGUCUCACAGCGAUUUUAAUCUUGAAUAACAUUAUGUAGCUGCUACUCGCUGGUAACUAUUGUCUGGAGCUGUAAAUAUGGCCUGUAACUCCCUUCUUUGCAAAAAUUGUAAGUGGACCCAGUGGAAUGUGAAACUCGUGUUGGUUUUUUUCAGCUUUAUACAUUUCUUUUUGCUAUAUCUUGCCAUUAAAAUACAAAAAAAUAAACCUUUCAGUGUAACUGGCAGCAAAAUAUAUACAUUUUAUAUAUAGGAUCGUUGACAAGAUGGUGCACUUAGAGUUUUUAAUACUGUAUUUAUCCAUCACCCGUUAAUGACCUGCAGCCUGUGACUCUCCAGCGGUGACGGAACUGCAACUACCAGUCAUGCUGCGACACAGCAUGAUGAGAGUUGUACUCCUGCCGCUGCUGGAGAACCACGGGCUGCAGACAGGUGAUUUAAACCUUAGUGGUCAGUCUACAUCUAGCAAUGCUUGGCUGACCCGGCCCAGUGUGCUAAAUUAUUACAACUUGGAUGAAAAAAUAGUCCCUAAAAAAAAUUCAAAUUUUAAUCUUAUUUUUUUUUUAAAAAGUUCUGUAUGUUAAAAAGUAUUGCAAAUUUCACCUAUGUGUUAUUAAUUAUGCUGUGGAAAGACAACUACGUAUGCGGUUUUUAUUUGCAACUUAAAUAAAGAAUAUACGUUGUCAAAUA